GACAUACAGACAUACAGACAUACAGACAUACAGACAUACAGACAUACAGACAUACAGACAUACGGACAUACGGACAUACGGACAUACAUCGACCGAGCCUGAAGCCGACCCUGAACAAGAACCAAAACCAGAACCAGAACCAGAACCAGAACCAAAGCUUUGCUUUCCCGAACGGCGAAAUAAACAAAUCCCGCGGUCCCCAGUCGCAGUCCCAGCCACAGUCCCAGCAGCCAGCUCGUCCACUCGACACUGAACACUCGACCACUCGCCACGGCAACCCAUCCCUAACGGACAACCCAGCGCAGCUCACUUGCAUGCCCCACGCAACCCGAUGGAUCCCGCGCAACAUGUCUUCCAUCCAGCCAUGACACCCGGUGGACACAUCACCUUUAGCUUUGCUCCACCCGCCGUGGCCGCCGUCGCCGAUGUCGAGGUAGUUUUCACCUUCGCACCAUCACAUACGCACACCUACACGCACACUUACACCUCCACGUACACGCUCAAGCGCGCCCGACCCGCCGACCUCUCGGAUGCAGACACAGACGGCCACCCCCCGGCAGCGAAGAAGCGGCGGCUGUGGCUGAACCUCGUCACCUCGCGCCUCUCGUCGCCGUUCGCAGGCCCGGCGGCGAACCUGGGCUUGCGGAUACCACGGCUGGGUACAGGCCGCGGCGGCAGGGGCCGCGGUGGCAGCGUGUUGAGGAAGGCGGCGAUACUCAACAAGAUCAGGCGGGAUGCAGCCGCGAAGAAGGUGGAGCACGAGAAGAGGGUGGAGGCGGCGAGGAGGGAGUUUAGGGAACGGCUCGCUGCAGCGGCACACUCCAGCUUCCAGCGUAACGGCGUGGUCCGGUUCCAUCGGCGGCGGGUGCGGGCAGCACCGCAUACACCGUCGAGAUCGCCGUCGCCGCCGACCGAGGAGACAUCGUGCAUAACCACUGCGUACCCGCAGCCACUGUUCGCGACGUUCUUUGACGACGGCAGCAGCGAACGCGGGCGCGAGAAGCAUGCGGUGAACCCGUACGAGGAAAUUCCCAGCUUCUACCGCCCGCCGUCGCCGCCUAGCGAGGCGGAAUUGGACAGGCAGCGUGUAGGUAUGGGCUUGGGGUUGGGCUUGGGGUUGGGCUUGGGGUUGG